AGGAGGUGACUGGAGAGGAGUAGCGGAGUAGGGGACUGCUGAGAUGAGUUUUUAAAGACAGUUGAAAGACUCACAGAUCCAGAUCUGAUUUGUUUAUUUUUUAUUUGGGGGGAAUGAUAUAGGGGGGGAAUGAUCCAGAUGUUUCCUGGAAAUAAAAGACCAACGUGUUUGAGGGGUAUUUCUGUCGUCUCCUCUUCCCUUCGUUUGCCUUUACAAGAUCAGAUACAUCUCAAUGUUUUAAUAUCUCAAGCUCCACCCAAAGGGAUCUCCAAAGUCUCCACACGCCCCCUCUCCUUUCCCUCUCCUUCCCAGUAGCCCCGUGUGUAUAUGCGUGCGUGCGUGCGCGUGUGUGCGUGUGUCUGUUUGCGUCUCACUCCUACCAACUCUUUCACCCUGCCUUAUCCUGAACAUCAGCUCUGGACCAGGAGCGCUACUACUGCUGGAACCCGAGUGAAAGAAAGGCUGUCGUGGUCUCCAUAAGCUCCGUGCCUACAGUCGAACCCUCAAGCCACCGCUCGGAUGCUGCCUGGCUCUGCGUCCCGGCUACUCAAUGAGAGAAAAGACGCACAAGAGAGAUGGGAACUGGACAGCGACUCGCUAAAGUUCCGUGUGUUUACUCUCCGCGGGGAAUAUCUCACAGCCUUUCCGUCGUGCUUUUCGUGGUGAUUUUGGCGCAGCUGUGCGCCGCUUUUAACCUCGACAUUGAGACGCGCCUUACCUUCACCGGACCCGCGGGAAGUUAUUUCGGCUAUUCUGUGGACUUCUUUAGUAAUCCAGCCAGUGUUCUGAUUGGUGCGCCCAAAGCCAACACCAGCCAGCCAAACGUCACCGAGGGAGGUGCCGUCUACCUGUGCCCUUGGAGCCAGGGGAAUUGCACCAUCGUCCACUUUGAUGAACAAGGUGACCGCUCCUUUGAGAUGAACGAGGUCGACACGCAGGUUGAGUUCAAGUCCCACCAGUGGUUCGGGGCCGUGGUGCGCUCCCACCACAACACUGUACUGGCCUGUGCUCCCCGGUACUACUGGAGAACGGAGCACGACACGCCCUUCUCCGACGCCACCGGCACCUGCUACCUCUCAGUGGACGGCCUCAGGACCUUUGUAGAGUAUGCCCCCUGUCGGACAGAGCGCCACGGGCCUGCAGGCCAGGGCUACUGCCAGGGGGGAUUCAGCGCAGACUUCACCAAGGAAGGAAAGGUUUUGCUUGGAGGGCCAGGAAGUUUUUAUUGGCAAGGUCAGGUGAUCUCAGCCACCCCAGAAGACAUCGUCAAGGCCUACUACCCGUCCUACUUCCUGCUGUCUGUCGCCGGGCAGAUUCAGACCAGACAGGCCCAGGGCUGUUACGACGACAGUUACCAGGGUUACUCUGUGUCGGCUGGAGAGUUCAGUGGGGACAAUGUCGAAGAUAUUGUAGCGGGAGUCCCUAAAGGACUAAUGCUGUAUGGCUUGGUGUCCAUCCUGGACGGGCGGAGCCUGACCUCGGUGCUCAACCUGACAGGAGAGCAGAUGGGCUCCUACUUCGGCUACGCUGUGGCCGUGACCGACAUCAACAGUGACGGCCUGGACGACCUGGUGGUUGGGGCCCCUAUGUUCAUGCGGAGGGAGCCAGAUGGCCGUCUGCAGGAGCUGGGCCGCGUCUAUGUUUACCUUCAGAGGGCCCCCCUGCUGCUGGAGACCAGUCUACCCCCUCUGAGUGGCCCCGGGCCCUUCAGCCGCUUCGGGAGCUCUCUGGCCCCCCUUGGGGACCUCGACCAAGAUGGCUUCAACGACAUGGCGGUGGGCUGUCCCUACGGAGGAGAAGACCAGCAGGGAUUGGUCCUUAUUUACAACGGAUACCAAGGGGGCCUCAGAGACACGCCCACUCAGACGCUCUCUGGAAAAUGGGCUUCCACUUCUUCUUCUUUCCCCGCCAGCUUCGGCUACGCCAUCCGUGGCAACGCAGACCUUGACCAAAAUGGCUACCCAGAUUUCAUCGUGGGUGCCUUUGGGGCGGACAAGGCAGUGCUGUACAGGGCCCGGCCAAUAGUAAACACCAGUGCAUCCCUCACAGUUCUUCCCCACAUGUUCAACCCAGAGGAGAAGACCUGCCAGGUGUCUGAUGGAAACCAGACCAUCGCCACAUCCUGCAUUGAGCUCAACUUUUGUCUGGUAGCUGAUGGGAAACACCUUCCCUCUAAUAUAGGCUUUGUGCUUGAGCUGCAGCUGGACAGUGCUACAGGGGCCCAGAAGGUGAGCAGAGCUCUGUUCCUGGACAGCCAGCAGCCGGCCCUGCGGCUGCGCCUCAGCCUGGACCCCGGGGCCAACAUGAGUCUCAGCCGCAAGAUCUACCUCCGGAGUGAGGAGGACUUCCGGGACAAACUGUCUCCCAUCGUGGUGAGUUUGAACUUCAGCCUGGACCCCCGCAGCCCGCCGGACAACCACGGCCUGCGCCCCGUCCUCAGCCACGGCACCCGGCAGCUCCUCCAGCACAAGGCCCAUAUACAGUUGGACUGUGGGGAGGACAACAUCUGUGUCCCUGACCUCAAGCUGGCCGUAUACGGCGACCGGGAGGCGGUGUGCCUGGGCGACGAGAACCCGCUGGCCCUCACCUUCAAUGCCCGCAACCAGGGCGAGGGCGGGGCCUACGAGGCGGAGCUGCACGUGGCGCUGCCCCCGGAGGCCGACUACAGUGGCAUCGCCCGCGGCAACGCGAGCCUGAGCCAGCUGCCCUGCAGCUACGAGGCAGAGAACCUCACACGCUACCUGCUCUGUGACCUGGGCAACCCCAUGAAGGCUGGUGCCAGUAUAUGGGCGGGGCUCCGCUUCACCCUGCCACGACUCAAAGACACUCACCAGAUGGUCCAGUUUGAGCUCCAGAUACGCAGCAAGAACGAGAUCAACUCCCAGAGUGACGUAGUGACCUUUAGCCUGGAGGUGGCUGUGGUGGCAGGUGUCAUCCUACAGGGUGUGAGCCGCCCAGAGAAGCUCCUCUUCCCUCCCCCUGAUUGGAGGGCCAGUCAAAGUCUGCGUGAGGAGAAGGACGUUGGGCCAGAGAUCCAGCACGUCUACGAGUUGGUGAACAACGGGCCCAGCAGCAUCAGCCAGACCAGCCUGGAGGUGAGCUGUCCGCUGAGGGCCCAGGGCCACGGGCUGCUGUACCCCCUGGAGCUGCAGGCCGAGGGCCCGAUCCGCUGCUCCUCCAACCAGACCCUCAACGCACUAAAGCUUAAGGUCCUACCUCGGAGGACCGAGAACCCCGGCCUGCUCAGCCCCCUCCCAAAGCACUGGGUCCAGAGGAGAGACCUCCACAGAGACCCUCUGGCCGGCCUGAGCAACCUGUCGUGUGGGGCGGUGGAGUGCUGGCGGCUGCGCUGCAGUGUGGGGCUGCUGGAGAGGGGAGCCAGCGCCAUCGUUAGCGUUCGAUCCCGCCUCUGGGCUGAAACCUUCGCCGAGCGGGCUUACAAGCAGUUCUUUCUGGAGUGUACUGUUGAGUACAGGGUGGAGAAGAUGCCAUAUUCAAUCACUCCUAAAUCCAAACCCUCAGGAUACAAAAAGGUGAUGAACACUGUGGUCUGGAACAAACCGGCGCACCAGUACCUGGUCCCGGUCUGGAUCAUCAUCCUGGCCAUCCUGGCCGGCCUGCUGCUCCUGGCUCUGCUCAUCUACCUGCUGUACAAGAUGGGCUUCUUCAAGCGCUCAGACCCUUACGGCACCACCAUGGAGAAGGCGCAGCUCCGACCGCAGGCCUCUUCAGAGGCCUAGGGUUCAACCCCACCUAUGAACCCCAACCCAACACAUGAAGCGCUUCAGCCACUGUUUAAAAGAACUGGAAAGACCUAUAAUUUCCGGGCGUUUGCAUUUGAUGGAAACAAAAUACAGGCAACCCCAUUUUAUGAAGGGACUAUUAUUGGAACGGCUACCACUGGAAUAUUUGAUAUGUAGCACUGCAAUACAAUGGCCACAGAAUCGCAUUCCGAGGUUGUUCAGAUACAGGUAAAGUCCAGGUUAAUCUCUGUUCAUUUGUCCAGUCAGGUUUGGAAUCACAGCUAAAAUGUCUGAUUCAUUUAUCUUUGUUUUAUCUAUACAUCUCACAGUAUGUACGCAACAUUUGCAUUUGUUGGUUGUUAAAUGCUGUACUCAAAUGCCCAAGCAGGAAUGCUGAAGAAAUAACUUUUAUUUAAUUGGAAUUCAUCCCUCUCCCAUAUUGGGAGCUGUUUGUGUGUGUGUGUGUGUGUGUGUGUGUGUGUGUGUGUGUGUGUGUGUGUG